GCUAUUAUUACACGCACGCAUGCACACACACUUGAUUUUAAUAAUACAACAUUUGUAUGACAUGUUUAAUUCUUAACUUCAUGUGUGCUUUCUUCUUAUGCUUGUACGUCAGAUGAGAUAUACCCUACAAUCAGGUUAUUUUGACCUUUCUGUGAUUUUCAAACCCUAUGACAUCCCAUCUUCUGAAUUAUUAUAUUCAUAUUAUUGUAGGGAAUCUUCGACUAUAAACUGUGAAGUUUGAGUUCUUUGCAAUAUCUGCGACAGCCGUUACGCAGCGACUGACUCACUGGAAAUUAUUGUAUGAAGUCAACAGACAGCAGCUCAUGUUACUGCUGCAGUUCAAACUGUUCUCAGACACUCUAUACUGCUGCGAGUCAGACCUUCUCACCGGCACUUAAGAAUUUCCCGGCUGGAUUUAACUUCAUGCACAUAUUUGGAGCCACAAACAGGUGGCUCGUUCAACUUCCUGCACAGUGGCAACCGACUGCACGACAGCUUCGAAUCUGAAGGAUCUGGACUCGGUCUUCAGCCAAUUAGGAUUGUAUCUUAACUAUUUUUACUAUGCAAGUAUUUUGUUUCUUACAUCAAGGGAAUAGCUUGGAUUCAAAUCUCGCGUGACUUGGUGCAUGCUGAACAGGACUGUGAAGAAUUGUAUUCAAGGCAAUUCCUUCUGUCUCAGUUAUUAAUACGUAGAGAUGAUCCUGAACACAGUUCUGGUGUUCCUGACGGACCUGGUCGCCCACUUGCUGGGAAACAAUUUGUUCCGUCGACACUUCCAUCUUGUGUUGUCUGCCACGGUGAUGUUUGGCCCAGUGCUGAGUUUCUGGGUGUCCCAGCACAGCAUCUUUGCCAAGAGAAGCCACUUCCUUUACAGGAUGUUUUUGCGAUCUGGUUGGGGAUGGACGUGCAUCUUCGUCGGCUCUUUUGUCUUCCUUCUGUCCUUCUCCUCCCGUCGUUCCCUCUCACUGUCACUCCGUCAUCUGUCUCGACUUGGAGUGGCCGGUGGACUGUGGUUCAUCUUCUGCAAACUUCUCGGCGUUCUCGAAAAUGCUACAGGAAGCUGCUAUGAGACCCUACCGGGCAGCCCGGAGAACGACAGUCACUCUCUCUUGGUGUUGCGAGAAGGUGAAAGCAAGACAGAAUGCCUCAAAGCUGGAAUGCUAUGGAGAGGAUAUGAAGUUUCAGAGGAUGUUUUCCUCCUGUGUCUCUGCUGCCUGCUGCUUGCUGAAGAAACAGCAGUGUUUGGACCUUACCUGAACCGAGGUGGAUUUUCUGAUGCCCCACUUAGGAUCCUCUUCCUGUUCUGUGUUCUCCUGCUCAGCCUUUGGCUCUUCCUGCUCCUCUGUCUCCUCGCCUACUUCCCCCAGUUCCCCACUCAGCUAUUAGGAGGGGCCCUCGGUUGUUUGAGUUGGAGGGGAUUGUAUCAAGGGUGGUACCGUCAGGUUCCCUGCUGGUACUGCCCUGGGAGACCUGGACUUGGACUUCUGAAAAACCAAGACUGAAGUGGAACAAUCUGAGUAAUUGCACAAGUGUAAACCUGGGUGAUAGGAUUCCAUCCUAAGGUCAUCAUGUCUAGGCGAUCUAUUGACACGUCACUUGGUUGGUGAUGAUUACACAGAUGGGCAAAUACCCAGUUCCUCUGUACAUCAAUUAUUUUUUGAGCUCUCGUCCCGCGUCCUCAAAAUCGGCAUCCGCUAGUAACGGAGAGAGGGGCCAUUUUGUCACAGGGACAGAAUGCCCACCUCCAUAAUUAGGGUGUUGUGCAAUGUCAAAACGAGAUGCAAAAUUUAACAGCACUUCAAAUGCCCCCCUUCCUUUUAUAUCAUAUAGUGCAGGUGUAAGAGUGUCAAGUGUGAAUUAAUAUAAAACCUAAGCAAAGUAUGUCAAGGAAAAGGGGUUGUUGAAUGUGUAAAAUGUUUGAAAUAAAUCCCAAUUUGUCCACUUUG